AUGUCUUUUCCAUCUGAAAAAUUUACACAACUCAUUCUGUAUGAUGGAGUGUUGACAUUUAUGGAUGUGGCCAUAGAAUUCUGUCUGGAGGAGUGGCAAUGCCUGGACACUGCACAGCACGAUUUAUAUAGGAAUGUGAUGUUAGAGAAUUACAGAAACCUGAUCUUCCUGGGUAUUGCUGCCUCUAAGCCAGACCUGAUCACCUGUUUGGAGCAAGGAAAAUUACCUUGGAAUGUGAAGAGACAUGAGAUGGUGGCUGAACCCCCAGCUGUAUGUUCUUAUUUUGUCCAAGACCUUUGGCCAAAGCAGGGCAUAAAAAAUUGUUUCCAAAAUGUGAUACUGAGAAGGGAUGGUGGGAUCCAGUGGACCAGAAUCGUCAUCACCUUGCUAUGGUCACUGCUGUGCUUUCUGUGA